AUGAACAUUCUUAAAGAGAAAACUUACACGGCUGUUACAGUUUAUACACCUCUUGUUAUGAGGAAGUUUGAGAAGACUCCUAAUAAUCCUCUCGACAACGCGGAGAUUCCAGAGACUGUGCCGUUGGAUGCAAGGCAAUUUCUGGAGAAGUGUUUCGCAAGAAGGCCUCAGGAUAGAGGAAGCACUUCGGAGUUGUUGUUGCAUCCGUUUCUGAUUGGAGAUGAUCCAAAGACGGCUGUUGUCUCCGCAGGUGGAGAGAGGAGGUUGAGGAUCAGAAAACCUCUGACAGAAUUUGAAGAUAUUCCAAAGAUUUCAUCCAAGUUGAAGAUUGUUUCAGUAAAACCAUCGCAGUUCAAGAGAGUUUCGAAUAAACCUGUAAAGGUGAAGAAGAUUCUUCCUCGAAGACUUAAAAAACCUUUCAAGUUUUUUCCCGUACAAAGCAUCCCAACUUUAUCUCCUCAUGAAACAGCAACAGGUCCUUUUGGCACAGCUUGGUUGUGGUAUAUGGUGUCUGAUACUUUGCUCGGUGGCCAAUACCGGAACACAGACCUUCCGACAAUGUUCUCUAUCGGAAGUGGACCCCUACAUUUACAUUCACCAAUGAGUAUGCUCACUACCAUGAAUCAAUACAAUUGA